UUAAGGAGCGUAGUCCAUGCACCUGCUUUAGAGAAGGUUUAAUCAGGAGAAAAUGUCAGCGCGACGGUCGAGUCGACUGUUUCCAGCACUGCUUUCCGCGGUGCAGCAGGGCGCAGCAGCCGGGACCCAAGUGGGCGUUGCCCCUGUUAGCCUCCAAGCGCUAUGUGCAGGGAGCCAGCGACUGCGCCUGCCAGGGCAAGGCAUGGGGCUGCUUGGACGCACUUUUGCCAGCCAGCCGCUCGCAACUGCCGACGCCAAGGACAGAUUUGACAGCACAAACAGUCUUCUGCAGCAAGUGCAAGUGCUCAAGUUGCGGCAGGAGCUGGAUGACGAGUCGGUUAUGAACCUACAUAUACCAUACACGCAGCUGCUGCAGAUGAUUAAGGCCAGCGGCUCGGCACACGAUGACAAGGAGGCGGAGGAGGUCGCGCUGGCAUUGCACCGUGCGGGCGUCGUAAUGCGGCACCACGACGUGGUUUACCUCAGACCUGAGGAAAUCGCGGAGGUGGUGAUGCAGGUGCUGCCCGGGGGCAAGGACGACGCGUCCCAGAAGCUGGCUAAGAUUGAGGAGGAGCUGACGGACCUCGAUAAGAUUCACGAACAGGUGGACAAGCAGGCGAACAACGUGACCACGCGCCUGCUCACGGUGGGCUACGUCGUCCUGUUCGUGCAGCUGAUCUCCUUCAUCUACCUCACCUGGUGGGAGCUGUCGUGGGACGUGAUGGAGCCCAUCGCCUACAUCAUCUCGCUCUUCUACAGCCUGCUGGGCUACACCUACUUCAUGGCAACCAAGGGCGGCGUGUUCGACCUGCAGCCCUUCAAGGAGUUCUGGCAGACUCACUACAAGCAAAAGAAGGCCUCGGCCGUUCAGUUCGACGCGGAGCGCUACGAGUACCUACUCAAGAUGAAGGAGCGCUACAAGCGCCACCUGGCGCACGCUGCGCUGCGGCGGUAGUGCACACGUCGUGGCGGCGGCCUGUGGACCGGGGGGGCGGUCGGGGUCGCACGGGCCAUCUCGGUGGUGUCGCGGUCAUGCGGCCACAUCAUGCCUGGGCGCCAGGGUUUAACUGCGGCAAGCAUGGAGGGUUCGGGCUUGCGUGUGGUUUGACCGGCUAGCGGUAGCGAGGCGCAGCAUCGUGCCCGCCGGCCUACAGUUACGGUACUGCCGUUCUAGAUGAGGGCGGGGCUCUGGGGCUGUUGUAUGAUACGUUGCGCCUGGGAUGCGCACGGGUACUGCUGCGUGCGAAGAGGGCCCCAGAUGGCUACCAUGCUCAAGUACGGGACUUGGAUUCGCAAGGCCAGCCGCUGCAGCUGGCGCCCAGUGCGUGUCGCCGGGUGCUCGAAUGGGCAAGGCGAGUCCGUCACUGGGAGUCCGUCCAGGCCCAGACCCAGAAUGGAAGGAUUGUAUGGAUACUCGAAUUGGCCCGGGGUGUUGGUACCAGCCGAAGGCUUACGCUUUGGCAUGCCCAUUUGUAGAUUUUUCUGUGUGGAUGCGUGAGCAAGCCAUAGAAGCGAGUGUACCAUUGUGAAUACUAGAAGAUUGGUUACGACUGUGUUCCGGCUGGACGUGAGUGUGUGUGCAAGCGAACGGUGAACUUGUUGACCUGAAAUGAGGAUGGAUGUGCAGGCAAUUGUGCGCGUCGUGUUGGCACGAUAGGUAAAGGAGCUUGACAUGCUCGAUUACCUAUGCCCACCUCUGGUGGUGUGUCGGUGCCAUGGUGUUUCAUCAUGCAGACAAGGGCCCUGACUGCCCUGACACUUGGACAUUGACUCCUGCAUACCGUUAACCCCGACAUGCCCCCCUUUAUCAUAAACGGGGAAUGUAACAGAACCCCUUA